UAUAAUCGUAAACUAAAAAUCUAAAAAAAAUAUCCAUAAUGCUGGAAACAUAUUCGAAAUAUCUAAAUAUACCUAAUAAACACAACAUAUUUAUGAUCGGGUCUAGGGUAGGAUCCAGACUCAAACAAAGACAUACAGAUCCAAAAAACCCCCAAAUAUGUUAUCUUCUCUGGACCUGAACUAAACCUAUAUUUCCGGGUCGGUUCGGUUUGUUUUUUUUAUCCGGAUAUAAUUCUCAUGCGUAAAAAAAAUUUACGUAAAAAUGUACAUAUAAAAUAUCAAAUAAACUAAUUCAUAGAUUAUAUAACUGUUAAAAAUUAUAUUUUCGAUAUUAUAAAACUUUGUAUUAUAGUAUAAUCCAAAAAAUCUGCGCUUUCCAAGCGCGGGUCAAAAUCUAGUUUUCUUUUAAAAUAUUAAGGGACCUGUUUUUUUGUGUGGUCCAAUUUGGGUCUGAAACCAAUUUUCUUAGAAGGCGACGUCGUAGCUGUGGUUAUUGAUUUAUUCACACAUCAAGUUGUCAAGGUAUUAUUUCAAAUAUUGUUCACAUCAAACGCAUUUUUAAAUAAUACAAUCCCAUAAUUUCUUAUUAGACACUCCAAUUAAUUUGGAGACGAUAUUUUUUUUCUUCAUUUGUUUACUUCUCUAUUUAUUGCCAUGUGAGAUACUUCUCUUCCCCAUGUCCAACUUCAACCCCAUAAAUACGAUCCUCGCUUCAUCCUUCCUUUUGUGUUUCUUUAGAUACUUGGAAAUAACUUAACGGCAUCAAGAAACGGGCGUUACUGUCGACCUGACAAAAUGCCUUGUCUUUACAUUACUACAAACGUGAAUAUGGAGGGCGUUGACACCGAUGCGUUCUACUUGGAAGUCACGAAAGCCGUCGCUUCCAUCGUCGGACGGCCUCAGAAUUUGGUGAUGGUGGUGCUGAAGGGAUCAAUAGAGAUAGUGUUCGGUGGGAACAAAGAAGCAGCUGCAUAUGCAGAGAUUGUGUCUAUGGGAGGCAUCACUAAACAAGUUAAGAGACAGCUUAUCGCGACCGUUGGUUCUAUUCUACAUUCUCAUUUUUCUAUUCAUCCUACUCGUUUUAUCUUAAAAGUUUUUGAUAUGCAAGCUUUGCCUCUUCUUUCUAAGCUAUAGUUUUAUUAUCUGUUUAUUGUUCAUCAAACAAAAAAAUUAAAUGAUUGGUUGGUAUCAUUCGAGUUAACGACCAUAUACACAUCAAUAUAUCGUUUCUUAUCUUUA